AAAGUAGAAGAUUCGAUUUUUUUUUCUUCUUUAAAAGGAGUUCGUCUAAAUCUCAAAUAUCGUCAUCAUUUUUCCCCACUUGGAAGCAAAAAUAAAUAUAUAGAGAGGAACCAUUCUCUGGAAACCUCCGAUUCCAUUGAAGAAGUUGAAGCCCAAAGUUCGGUACUUUUUUAUUCUUUCAUGAUAAACAGGAACUGAAGCGUAAAGUGUUGGUCUGUGUUGGUGUUGUCUCAGUGGAAUAUGGCUUCUAAUACUAGUGUAGGACAGAAAUGUCCAUCGCCGAUGAAGGCUACAUCGAAUGGUUUCUUCCAGGGUGAUAAUCCCCUUGAUUAUGCACUUCCUCUUGCCAUUCUGCAGAUAUGUUUGGUGGUUGUACUCACAAGGGGUCUCGCUGUUCUUUUAAGGCCGAUAAGGCAGCCACGUGUGGUUGCAGAGAUCAUCGGAGGAAUUUUGCUUGGGCCAUCUGUUCUGGGUAGAAGCAAGAGCUACUUAGAAGCUAUAUUUCCUCCCAAGAGUCUCACUGUAUUGGAUACCUUAGCAAACCUUGGUCUCAUUUUCUUUUUAUUCCUUGCUGGCCUGGAGAUAGAUCCCAAAGCCCUGCGGCAAACUGGGAAAACUGCCCUUGCAAUUGCCCUUGCUGGUAUAGGGCUUCCUUUUGCCUUAGGAAUCGGUUCUUCAUUUUUACUCAGAGCAACUAUAUCGAAAGGUGUAAAUGCUUCGGCUUUUCUUAUAUUCAUGGGUGUUGCUCUUUCUAUCACUGCCUUUCCUGUCUUAGCUCGCAUUCUAGCAGAGUUGAAGCUUUUAACCACAGAUGUUGGAAGAAUGGCCAUGUCAGCUGCAGCUGUUAAUGAUGUAGCUGCAUGGAUUCUACUUGCUCUUGCUGUUGCCCUAUCUGGCUCCAACACUUCUCCUGUUGUAUCACUUUGGGUCUUCUUGUCUGGUUGUGUUUUUGUCAUUUGUUUGGCUCUCAUUGUACCACCAAUUUUCAAAUGGAUGGCUCGUCGAUGCCAUGAAGGCGAACCGGUAGAAGAGAUAUACAUAUGUGCUACAUUAGCUGUUGUUCUUGCAGCUGGGUUCGUAACCGAUGCCAUUGGAAUUCAUGCCAUGUUUGGCGCUUUUGUGGUUGGAGUUCUUUUUCCGAAGGAAGGGCCAUUUGCCCAUGCUCUUGUGGAAAAAGUCGAGGAUCUUGUAUCUGGUCUGUUCUUGCCAUUGUACUUUGUGUCAAGUGGACUGAAGACAAAUAUUGCAACAAUUCAAGGGCUCCAAUCCUGGGGUCUUCUGGCUUUGGUGAUUUUUACAGCGUGUUUCGGGAAGAUCAUUGGGACUGUUGUGGUGUCCCUUUGUUGCAAAGUGCCUCUUCGUGGAGCUCUCGCACUCGGGUUCCUUAUGAACACAAAAGGGUUGGUGGAACUGAUUGUUCUCAACAUUGGGAAGGAUAGAAAGGUUUUGAAUGAUCAAACAUUUGCUAUUAUGGUUCUAAUGGCUCUCUUCACUACAUUCAUUACCACACCAGUUGUUAUGGCGGUAUAUAAGCCUGCAAGGAGAAAAAUGGACUACAAAUAUAGGACCAUUGAAAGAAAAAAUUCAGAUGCUCAACUAAGAAUAUUGGCCUGUUUUCACAGUGCAAGAAAUAUACCAUCAAUGAUCAAUCUCUUUGAGGCUUCACGAGGAGUUGCAAAGCGUGAAGGACUGUCCGUGUAUGCUCUGCAUCUCAUGGAGCUGUCGGAGAGAUCAUCGGCUAUACUAAUGGUACACAAGGCAAGGAAAAAUGGGCUUCCCUUCUGGAGUAAGGGUUGGCGUUCAGAUUCUGACCAUGUGGUUGUGGCAUUCGAGGCUUUCCAACAACUGAGUCAAGUAACUGUCCGAUCAAUGACUUCAAUCUCUUCAAUGGCUGACAUGCAUGAGGAUAUAUGUUCAACUGCUGAGAGCAAGAGAGCUGCAAUCAUAAUCCUUCCAUUCCAUAAGCACCAGCGAGUAGAUGGCUCUUUUGAAACUACUCGGACAGACUUCAGGUGGGUGAACCGAAGGGUCCUUGAACAUGCACCUUGUUCUGUUGGAAUUCUAGUUGAUCGUGGCCUCGGUGGAACCACCCAUGUAUCUGCAAGCAAUGUUUCUUACUUGAUAACAGUGCUCUUCUUCGGGGGUCCCGAUGAUUGCGAAGCACUUGCUUACGGAGCUCGAAUGGCCGAACACCCUGGUAUCAGUUUAAAUAUCAUUCGCUUUGUAGUGGAACCUGAGUCAAUUGGAGAAAUUUCUACAAUUAAUAUGCAAGAAAACGCUGGCAUCGAAACAAAGUCAUCAGCUGAAGAAUUUCUAUCUCGGUUUAGGAAUCUACAAAAGGAUGAUUCUGUUAGAUACGAAGAAAAAGCUGUCCGAAAUGUCACUGAAAUCAUUGCUGCAAUCCGUGGGGCAGACCGCUCCAAUCUUUUCCUCGUGGGGCGAAUGCCUGAAGGUGAACUGGCCUUAGCUUUAAGGAGGAGAAGUGAAUGCCCUGAACUAGGAGCUGUUGGUAGUUUGCUGAUUGCACCAGAUUUCUCAGUGACAGCAUCAGUCUUGGUCAUUCAACAGUACAAUGGCUACACAUGUCCGAAUUUGGACCCAUACAUGAAAGAAGAAUCACCUGACAAGGAUUCAGAAUCCAGCUAAAAACAUCUUCAUGUUUUUCGUGACACAUGAAGGUUUAAUCACCGAGUCACCUCCCAAUGGCAUGUUUCGAGUUGUUUUAGACAAUAAAGAUCUAAUUCUAGGUUACCUUUCUUUGAAGAUAUGUAAGAAUUUCGUAUAUGUAUAGGCUGGAGAUAGCAACAAGUGGAUAAUACCAUAGCAGGGUACAUAUUUCCAGGGCAAUUCGUGAUAAGCUUUCUCAUAAACUGGAUAAAAAUAAAAUGAAACCCUGUUUUCAAUAAGCAAAGCUGAUGAUACUGCCAAGGAACUCUGUUUUCAGUUGGCACUUUUAAGAGAUUUAAAUGCCAUUCCAAUC